UAGAUAUUUCAUUAUUAUCAAUCAUAACUUUUUGUUCAUUUGUAUUUGUAACAUCUGUGGUCUAUUGAGAGAUACAGAUACAACCUAAGAAAUCUGGCUUCUUGUUUUUCAGUCAACAAUAAUUAGAAGUUUAAAACAUUUCGUAUCUCUGCUUUUGACCAGUAGGCUGGAAAAAGCACAGACAUUUGGCCAAGCUCUGAACCUAGCUCAAGGAAACAGAAUCCCAUCCAGGUCCUCAAACAGGUACAAGGACAAGAAAAGUGGCCUCAAGAAAUCAGGGACUGUGGAUAUCACUAACUCAAGAACUCGAUAACUUAUAAAUCUAUUUCAGCGUCAGCAAACAGUCCUUUCCUUGCUUACAGUCAACCAGGCAGAAUUUAGAUGAUGUUUUUAGGCUAUGAUUUCAAGCGGUCUCUGAGUGAUGGCUGCAGGGAGAAAUUUCACUUGAUGUCAAGUCUUUUUUACUCUUCUCUGAAAUGUCCGGUGCUAACUGCUGCAGGCACAGCACCGGAUGGCUGUGGGCCAGGGAAAGGGCUGUGUUUCCUAAGGGAGCUCCUGCCCUCCAGUAACAACUUCUCCUGCCAAUGUCCCUUCUUCCACAGGCCGCUGGCAGCCCUCAGGCUGGAGGAGGGACUGGAGCCCUGUGGGAAGAAAAUGAAAGAAAAUAAAAGACUUCUGUGAGGCUGAGCCCUGAUGGGGACAGGACAAGCACCGGGCAGGGCCAUCACCUCCCUCUGCUCUGGGGCAGGGGAGACUGCCGCCAUUUUAUGUGGGGAUGGUGGAUGGAGCCCAUGGCAGAGUUGUGAGGUGGCACAGCCUAUUCAGUGGCCCCACAGUGUACUUUCAGCCUUUAAUCACCUGGGGAGAAACCUUAAUUACACAUUUUUUUCCCCUUGCAUUUACAUGGUCCAUAAAUACUUUGCCAUCUGAGAGAGAUGUAGCACAGAUGUUGGCCAGGCAAAUCUUUAGCGCUCUACGUAGAUGGCAGUUGCUCUCUUCAGGCCGUCAGCCUCCUGCAGUGCACCCCUGCUAGUGACUAAACUGGUGCAACAAAUAAAUAAACAGAUGUGCCUUUUUUUUUUUUUUUUUUUAAUAAGAGUCAGAUAUUCAUGCCUUUUUCUCACAGCUCAAAGACAGCUCCCCUAUUGAUGAUAAUCCUGGAGCCUGCUGAAAUCCUGGUUGCUUUCUUAAAUUAUCUCCCUCUUGGCCCAUGUCUGUGCUGCUCAAGAUGAUCCUUUUGUUUGCUUGUAUUUUCUUACAGAGAUGCAUCUUCUCACGUGUAGGUGCACUGUGUGACCUGCGGACUCUGUCACAUCAGGGGAUGUAUGGCAGGAGAGGUGCCUCACAAGUUCAAAUGCUGGUAGUUUAUGACCACACAUCACCCUAUAUUAGAGAGGAGGGUAUCUUUCAGGACACACUUGAUAGCUUGCUCCUGUGAAUCACUGUUUGUGUCCAAUAGCGUCCGGUAUUUUCCAGACAGAUGCAUCAAAUACCCAAGCGUUGAGCAAGUUAUGGGGUGCCCCAACACUUGAGAUGCAGCUGGAGUGGCGAACAGCUGUAGCGUUCACAGAAACUGCUCUCAAGCAGCUGUUACUCUGGCAGUAGAAUAAAACCGCACUAAGCUGAGCCCCACACCCGGCUCUGUAAGCUGCCGUGCCUGCGAGUUCCUGCGUGGUUUGCGGUUUGCACCCUGCCGGCUUGAUUGGCUGUGCUUGGCGAGGGAGAGGUGAAGAUGCCUCAGUGAAGACCUGUGUGUCCUGAAUGGCUCUGCAGGCUUCAACCCGUGCUGAGCACUGGCACUGAAGGCAGGAGGCAAGUUGGUUAUCUUGUUAUGAAACUCCUGCUGCUCCCCACCACUUUGUCUCAGCACAGAUCCUGAAACAGCAGAGUGCAACCACCAGCCCUCAAAGAGCCCUUACCACAUUCAUGAUGCGUCUUGAAGGGUGAGAGCUGCACGGUUCCUACUUCACAGCUCUCAAAACUAUCUUCUGCAGGUUUUCUAAGCUCUGCCCUGCCACCAAGACACAGUAUGGAAGCCAUCGCCAAGUUUGACUUCACUGCUUCUGGAGAGGAUGAGUUGAGUUUCCAGGCUGGGGACAUACUGAAGGUUUUGAGCUCCCAGGAAGAGUGGUAUAAGGCUGAACUCAGGGGUCAAGAGGGCUACGUUCCUAAGAACUUCAUUGAUUUUCACGUUCCACCAUGGUUUGAUGAGAGGAUAUCCCGCCACGAAGCCGAGAGCAUCCUCAUGAGCAAAGGAGUUGGUUCCUUCAUUGUCCGGGCCAGUCAGAACUCUCAUGGUGACUUCUCCAUCUCUGUCAGGCAUGAAGAUGAUGUGCAACACUUCAAAGUGAUGAGGGAUUCAAAGGGUAACUACUACUUGUGGACAGAGAAAUUCUACUCGCUAAACAAGCUGGUAGACUACUACAAGACAACUUCCAUCUCCAGGCAGAAGCAGAUCUUCCUGAGGGACGAACGAGAAGAGAAGGAAAGGCGUGGUGGGAGUCUGGAACGGAUGGGAUGGGAAGCACUCCAUCUGGGUGGAGCAUCUGCAGAAGCUCAUUCUUCUAUAUCCAGGAGAUACGUGGAUCAUCCAGUCCCUGUACUGCACCAGCAACAGGAUAGAUAUGGAGGGAGCCUGGACAGGAAAGAAGGGCUGCAUGGACUAAGGAAUCAUGGCCAAGGAAGUGCAGCAGCUAUGCAACGGAGACACACAGACCCCCUGCACCAGCAGACACCUCGAACGCUAUGGGUCCGUGCCUUGUACGACUUUGAUGCUGUGGAACACGACGAGCUGGGCUUCCGCAGUGGAGAUAUCGUAGAGGUUCUAGACAGCUCCAACCCAUCAUGGUGGAAAGGACGUCUGCGUGGGGAACUAGGUCUCUUCCCUGCCAACUAUGUCACACCGGUGCUCCUGUGAGGGCAUGGUAUGCCCCAGAGGGCCGUAUCAGAGCUGCUCUUCUGACAUGACAGGGACAGAGAGGGAGUGAACCUUCCCUUGCCCCCAGGACAUAUGGUGUUUUUGGUUUUGUCUUAAUUUAUUGGGAAUUGAUCUUCUGAAAUAUUGGUAAGAAACAGAACCCUUUGAAGAGGGUGGGAAUUUUUUCCCCUGUUUUUUACAUCCAUAAAGGGGAAGGGAGUAAGAAUCCUGGACUGUUUACUGAGACCUUGCUGGAUCCUUCCUGACCUGUUAUUACUUUGGCUAAGUAUUGAUAACUUCCUGCAAUUAGGUUUGUUUUGUGGAAGUGCACCUCAGACAAGUCAGGCUUCAAUCUUUAGGUAGUACUACCCCUUUCUUUUAGAUCUGGUUGCACUCAUAGUACCUUCAGGCUCUGUUUCACCUUUCUUUCAGAGGCAGGACUAAUGCCCAGGUGAGUUAAAUGAUGAUGGGUAAUUACAUUAAUCCUUCAGGUAGGGAUGGAAAGUAAGGGGUCCUUAGGCUGAGGUGCAAGGCAACCUUGACUUUUCUAAAUAGUUUUUGGCUUGCACCUGUAGUACUUCCUGUGGGCAUGGAAUGUGUGGAUAUACCAGAUGAAGGGACGGGGUCCUGUAAGCUUUUGUACAAACAACCAAGUGGUGAAGAUACAGGAGGGUGAGAAGCUAAUUUCAUAGCUUCUUCAGAUAGUCCUGCUCUCCUGCACUUCUGUCUGCGCCCUAUAACAGCAACUUGUCCUGUUUUCAAUCUGCUUUCCAAGGUACCUAAACAUCCUAUUUGACAUCCUAGUUAGAGCAGGUCAGGUCCUUCAACUAACUGAAUAUCCCCUGGAUUGAAUAACAACAGUGGAUAUCCCUUACUGAUACCUUUCUAAAACUGAGUUGGGGAGGGGUUGAGGAUAAGAGGUUUUUCUGUUUCGUGCCAGAAGUUCUUUCCCUGAGAAGGUGGGGUGUUCAGGAUCACUGGGUAUACAACUCUGACUUGCCAGUGGAAUGCAUCAUGCGACUUGUUGAGCUGUGACUUUACAGUGUGCAGACAAUAAAGUUGUGGCCAUUGAACAGUC